CUCCUUCACACAUGUUUUCUUGGCACCCGUCCAGAUAUGACCUCGAAGUUAUCUUUCCGCAUGUUAAUUUAAAUAAGGAAGUUCAGAUUACGGUAAAACUUACAGAGAAAAUAUCGAUCGGAUUUCACAUAGAUAAACGGAUUUAUUCAGUAUGAUUUGUUUUGCCAACGGAUCAACUUAAUGAUCUUAGUUCGUCAACAGAUUGAAUUGAUCCCUGCUGCGUUAGAAGACAAACAAUGCGGCUUUAUGUUACAAUCUCGUGAGAAAACUUGGAAGUGUCUUGAUUGAAUUUUGUCUUCCAGGGCCCCGUUGAAAUAACUUACGAGUCUCACUGAUCGCGAGAUUAGACUGUUAAAGACAACGGAUCUGAUCUUCCUUUAAUAAUGGAAAAAUUCGUUUGGUCGCUGUGGAAUAUGGCAAUUCCUUUGUUAAUCCUUUUUAGAGGUAAGAUUCCUGAAAACUGUCUCGCUCAGUAGAAGUACUGUGUUUAAUACAUUAGGAUCUUUUUUUCAGUCGUUUAAGAGAUGCAAAAGGAAUUCAGCCAGCAGUUGUAAAUUACCAGCUAAGUAGCUUUAUGAGUCAAGAUAGUCAGCUAGACAAAAAGGUCUCACGUCGAUGAGAGAGUUUUCUGUAAAUAAUAAGAAAAAUAAUUAAGGUCGGGCGGGUCGAGCUCACGACUAGACCCAUUGUGUCAAGAGAAAGGUUCGAAUCAAAUCGAAAUGAUAAAUUUGGUAAGAUGAUUUUUUUUACGUUGACUGAACUAAAAUUAGGUCUACCUGAUGACUAUAAUUCUGUGUCGUGGUCUAAUGCCAGACUACUAAAUUCAGAGGUUAGCUGUGAAAAUAUUCUCACCAAGUUAGUUUCCGGCCUUGUUCUUUAAGUCGCUCAGCUGAGAUCGCCAUGUCGAAUCCUCGCACAAGUGAGCUGCACGUCACAAGCGAUGAAAUCCUUGCUCUAUACUUGCGAUAAAAACAAUACUUAAUUUUUUUGUCUAGGACGCUAAGUGUCUGAUAAAUAUACUUUUUAAAGAGAAAACCGGUUAUAAUUUCACUCAAACUAUCUGUCUUAGAUACAUAACAUCAUAACGAAAAUUCAGGGAUAGAAACGCAUAGAAACUACGGGUUUCGUAAGUAAAAAACAGACGAGAAAAAUUUUAACUUGCGUGUCAGUUAAUCUAUUUUUUAUUCAAUCAUAGACAAAACGCCAAAGGGGCUUUGUUUUCUCGAGUCUUCGGUGAGACAGAAACAAUAUUACGCAAUUGCCGACUACUUAAGUUAAAAAUGUCUAUUUACUUAUCGUAUGGGACUUAAAACAAUCGUGACUUGUCCGUGGAACUUAUGAUGCAAAUUAAUGGCCACUUGACAAUAGCUCAUUCAUAUGUUCUGCACGGUAAUUAUAAUAAGACCACUGGUAAAAGAACCCGGAACGUUCCCUCUAAAUCUAGGACGACCAAACUUAUUCAUGAUUAGAGAGAAAGACAAAGAUUGUCAUUUUUGCAGAUUAUGUAAUGAUUUUGUUUGAUUUCAUUAUGAAAACCGAUCUACCAAUUUACGCUGUCCUUGUUUAUAGGAGUCACCGCCUUUGGCGGAGAUGGUUCGUUGGUUUCUCAUUCUCAUUCUGCCGGCUCCACUGAACCCAAAAGUAGACAGCUUGGAAUUUCGAGUCGACUGCCAUCCACAACCCAAUUAAUUCGCUCAAGCACACCAUCCCUCACAACCGACCACACUGAAAACCUCUUGUUUGUCUCGUCAGUUGUUGGGUCGAAGUCAGCGAAUACGACAAAUUUUUACAACGAUGGCUUCAUUCCAAAAUCGAGCUUGAAUGCAGGGCCGAAAAAAAGCUAUGCACCAUUUGUGACUAGCAAGUCAACACAGAAAAUUCAAGUCGAAUCUUUAGCCUUAAAAAGUGUCUGGCAGAAUGGUGAGGCUACAUCCACCGAAGAUAAAACCUACCCCUCCUCCUUCACCUUUACCUCCUCCUCUUCUUCGUCUUCCUCUUCAACCCCCCUGCUGCUAUCCCCAUCCUCACCCUCUCCUUUACGCUCCUUCCCAUUCACCACUCCAAUCUCAUCCUUUCCAUCAGCAUCGUUUUUAUUCACGUCCCUCUCAUCAUCUCCAUCUUCCUCGUCAUCAAACAUAUUCCCCUCGUCCUUCUACUCCCCCCCCUUUCUCUCAUCUUCAUUCUCGCUGCCAUCCUUCCCUUUCUUUUCCUCCCCCGUCUCCUCUGAUAUCUCCUCGUCAUUAAGCUCAUCUUUGUCCCUCUCACCAUCACCUUCGUCUUCCUAUUCGUCAACCUCCCCCUCUCAAUUGGUUUCUUCGUCAACAUCGAUAUCAUCAUCUUCUCCAUCUCCCUUACUCUCAUCAUUGUUAGCAACCUCUUCCUUCUCCUCACCAACAGUAUUUUUACCGACACCAGUCUCUUCGUCACUCUUAUUUUCCAACUCAUCUUCAACAUCAUCAUCGUCAUCAUCAGUUUUACCGUUCUUGUUUUCAUCUUUGUUCUUGUCGCCAUCCCUAUCUUUCAACUCUACCUUCACCUUAGCCUCUUCGUCAUCAUCAUCCUUAGCUUCCUUUAACUCGUUUGCAUCAUCAUCCUUGCCCAGUUCUUCGCCAUCCUCCUCCUCCUCCUUCGGCCCCUUAUUAUCAUCAUCGUCCGUGUCUUCGCCCUCUUCACCUUCCUUAUCUUCCUCUUCAUCAUCUUCCUUCUUGUUUGUAUCAUCUUCUUCAUUAUCAUCAACUACAUCGAUGUACCUUGAAUCGACCACGAUGGUGAUUCGUACCAGUGGUACAGAAAAACCCACCAGUCCAACACCCAGUAAAAUGUGGAGAGCAAAGCUUACAAUCAUAAACAUGGAAUUUACUGAGGGAUUAACCGAUUCUUCUUCGGAAGAGUUUGCGAAAUUAGCAAAUGAUUUAGAAGACGUAUUGGACAAUAUUUUUAAAGAAGUAUCUGGUUUUCUUUCCGUGAAAGUUGUUAACUUUACGAAAGGAAGCAUCGUAUGUAAUUACCUUAUUCACACGAACUUGGAAUCUACAGCAACAUCGGAUGAGUUUAAUAAAAUCUUGUCAGAAAAGAGAGGAAAUAUCGGAAAGUUUGAGAUAGAGACAUCUUCAUCGCCAUUUUCAUCCUCGUCUUCGCAUUUCUCCUCCUCGUCAUCAUCAUUGUUGUCAAUGUCCUCGUCGUUGUCUAUUCCCUCGUCGUCGCCAUCUUCCUCCUCCUCCUCAUCAUCAUCAAUGUCACCAUCUCCAUCAUCGAUGAUAUCGAUUUCUGCUUGGUCAUCUUCCUCGUCAUCAUCAUCGUUGUCAAUGUCCUCGUCGCUGUCUAUUCCCCCCUCGUCGCCAUCUUCCUCCUUCUCCUCCUCCUCCUCCUCAUCAUCAUCAUCAAUGUCACUAUCUCCAUCAUCGGUGAUAUCGAUUUCUGCUCGGUCAUCUUCCUCGUCAUCAUCAUUGUUGUCAAUGUCCUCGUCGCUGGCUAUUCCCCCGUCGUCGCCAUCUUCCUCCUCCUCCUCCUCCUCAUCAUCAUCAUCAUCAUCGAUGUUACUAUCUCCAUCAUCGAUGAUAUCGAUUUCUGCUUGGUCAUCUUCCUCGUCAUCAUCAUCGUUGUCAAUGUCCUCGUCGCUGUCUAUUCCCCUGUCGUCGCCAUCUUCCUCCUCCUCCUCCUCCUCCUCAUCAUCAUCAUCAUCAUCAUCGAUAUCACCAUCUCCAUCAUCGAUGAUAUCGAUUUCUGCUUGGUCGUCUUCCUCGUCAUCUUCAUCGUUGUCAAUUUCCUCGUCGCUGUAUAUUCCCCCGUCGUCGCCAUCUUCCUCCUCCUCCUCCUCCUCCUCAUCAUCAUCAUCAUCAUCAUCAAUGUCACCAUCUCCAUCAUCGGUGAUAUCGAUUUCUGCUUGGUCAUCUUCUUCGUCAUCAUCAUCGUUGUCAAUGUCCUCGUCGCUGUCUAUUCCCCUGUCGUCGCCAUCUUCCUCCUCCUCCUCAUCAUCAUUAUCAUCGUCAAUGUCGCCAUCUCCAUCAUCGGUGAUAUCGAUUUCUGCUUGGUCAUCUUCCUCGUCAUCAGCAUCGUUGUCAAUGUCCUCGUCGCUGUCUGUUCUCCCGUCGUCGUCAUCUUCCUCCUCCUCCUCCUCAUCAUCAUCAUCAUCAAUGUCGCCAUCUCCAUCAUCGAUGAUAUCGAUAUCUGUUUGGUCAUCAUCGUUGCCCCUCUCAUUCCUACAACGUCUUCUCUCAUCAACACCAUCCCCAUCAUCCUCGGCAGCACCGUCAAAGAAGUUUGUAUCAUCUCCUUCAUUAUCGUCAACUACAUCGAUGUACGUUGAAUCGACCACGACGGUGAUUCGUACCAGUGGUACAGAAAAACCUAUCAGUCCAACACCCAGUAAAGUGUGGAGAGCAAAGCUUACAAUCAUAAACAUGGAAUUUACUGAGGGAUUAACCGAUCCUUCUUCGGAAGAGUUUGCGAAAUUAGCAAGUGAUUUAGAAGACGCGUUGGACAAUAUUUUCAAAGAAGUAUCUGGUUUUCUUUUCGUAAAAGUUGUUAACUUUACGAAAGGAAGCAUCGUAUGUAAUUACCUUAUUCACACGAAAUUGGAAUCUUCAGCAACGUCGGAUGAGUUUAAUAAAAUCUUGUCAGAAAAGAGAGGAAAAAUCGGAAAGUUUGAGAUGGAGACAGAGGAAGAAGAAGAAGAUGGCGUCGCGGCUGUCAAAGGGACACAGCCACGAAAGAAUGAGUUUCCUUUAAAAGUGUUCGCUGCCGCAGCGUUUGGGGGUUUGGUAGUUAUGGUCAUUGGCUUCGUAAUAUACAAGGUUAGUAUUUGCAAAUGCUUCUUUGACCGUUAGAUUCGCAGGGUGGGAGAUGAGGCAAGAGAGUUAUAACGAAUUAGAAUAUACUGAAGUAGUGAAGGGGAGAGAGAUGUAAUUUUUAGUUGGUGCAUCUCAACGCCAAAAAAAUUUUGAUUAAGGACGGACAAGUUACCUCGGACGGAAACGAUCCACCUAUGCAUAUGAUGCAGCUUUGUCGCUUUCUUCCUAAAACAUUACGUGAGCGUUGCAAGUAUAGAAUUUUUUCAUAAUCGGAUCUAUGAAGUCUAUAAACAUCAAUAUAGAACAGACAGAGAACGGUCUUUAUUUUAGAGAGGGGUACUUUGGCUAUGUAGUGAUAACAUUAUGGAGAAGAACAUGUUAUUGAAUGCAAAUUUCUUCCAUUCUUCUUAAAUUACCAGAAAAUCAGCCAAAAAAGAAGAGAACGUGAGGGCUUUAAAAAUACAAAGGAUAUAUUUGCGUUGAACGACUUCAAUUCACCAAAUGAUAAUGAAGAGGAAGAAAGAGAGCUUGCCUCACAGAAAAUGCGAAUCAGUGUCUACGAAGACAAAGAGGAAGAUGAAGACGAAAUAACACCAUUUUGCAAACCUGGCGUCAAGAGAAUGAGUACUAUGUGAUAUUAAUUUAGCAAUUAAGCAAUUAUAAUUAUUUAAGUAAUUUGGAAGUCAAAAUUUCCCGUCUUGUUUUCAUCCAGUUAGCCGAUGAUGUCGCUUUGUAAUCUGCUUUAGAUAAAAAAGCGCUUGCCUUUGAUCUGUUAAAUUGCAACCAAUUAGGUGCAAGAUUUUCCCGCGCGUAAGGAUAAUCAAAUUUAUUAGCCUUGCAUUUUUUUGCGCUUUUUUUUUAAUAGGAAAAAAACUGUCUUAGUGGAGCACAAGACCUGAGCAUCCGACUGUUUUAUUCGAAGGAUACGGAAAAAAGGUUGCUUAGCAACUAAAUACCAUCGAUGGAAGGAGUUCUUUAUGACGAGUUAGGAAGUAAUUGUUUUUAACGUUGUAUAGAAGACAACAUUUAAUUUUUAACAGUAAGUGUCCUUUUUAAAGGUAGUUUUAGACAAGAUGAUAAUUUUUUAAGCAUAGCUUAAGUUUCAUUUGGAAGGAAGUCGUUAGAGUCUAUUAUAGUUUGGAUUUGUUGCUUAUUUCUAGUUUUUUAUUGUUAAUUAGUUGCACCAAGAGUGGACAGACUACGUUCACUGAGGGUGAUCGGGUUUUCCUCAUUCAGUAGAAGCUACAUAUAAAAAUUUUAGGGAGCCAAGAAUGCAGCCUCAUAGAAGCAUAACAGCGUUGGGUAGACUUGAAAAAAAAUUAUGUAUAAUAAAAAAGACAUCAAACUAGAGUUCCUUUUCCUAAUUGUUAGAUUUUAAGAAAAUCAACGCAAAGUACAGCUCAACUUGAGCUUGUUAGUUGUUUUGCAGGGGGAAGCGCACAUUGUGUCAUAAACGGUGAAGUGCAAGUCCUUUUUUAAACUAAACUAGUCCCUUGCUUUGGUUGUGUACGUUUGAAUUGAGAGAGGGGCGUAUCUCAGACUCCUAUGACAUUCAUUCGCGCCCUCCUUACUCUCACUUAAAAAAGGUCUAGCUACACCCUCGGUAACAAAUUCACUUUGUGCCGUUUCGUUUAUACAAUAUGGCGAGUAAAGCCUGCGGAAUCUGUGUCGAGGUACCAAAGGGGUUGUCCUUUUGGCCAAGAGAGGGCUGUAGGUAUUCUAUCAUGGCUCCCGAUCAGCAAUUCGCUUUGACUCACAUACACUUACGAAAUGCAUCUGACAUCUGUCAUGUCUGGCCCUCUAAGGAGAAGAGCGACCUCCAUUAGGUGACUUCAUCCAUCAUGUGUAUCUGAACUAAUUUGCUGCUUCUAUAUUUCAAACAUCUCUAACCUAAACUGUUAGAAUAUCUUUGGAGAACAUUAGUACUAAGAUCAUAGCUGGGAUUUUUCUGAGUGAGGCUGUUACUACUGCUUUAGCUUGUUUAUCAGGGGGUUCGUAUUCACGUGGUGCAAAGGACUGGUCAUAUCCAACCAAUAAAUCAAUAUCCAGCAGAUAAAACACUAUCUAGCAGAUAAUUUUUGACAAAUUGUAGUGGGUUACCCACUAGAUCAAGAUUCCCUUUGAGUGAGGAUAACAACUUGUCUUUUAAAACAAACUGUUGUCAAUUAUAUGAAAUAUUUUUUUGUUCCAUACACCCUUUUGUCACAAUGAAGAGUGGAAUUUAAGGAUCAGAG